AUGAACCCUACUUCCGCGCCGCGCAUCUCAGCGUCCGCCCUCGUCCUCCGGAAGAUCUCCUCAGUGCUGCACCCGCCCCUGCCCUUGACGCCACGGGAGUCGCACACGCUUCUCCGUGCAGUCCAAGACUCCUUCCGGCAGUCUCUGACGUCAGCGUCUUCCGCGGACACGAGCGCGAGCGCGCACCUGGGCAGCCUGCUAAAGAUGCAGCCGUUCGCGCCGACGGCUGAUGCUGCAAGGAGGAUGCGUGAGCAGAGGAUUAAGAAGUACCUUGUCGACCCGAUCGCGGUGUUUGAAGAGCAUGUUGCACUCGGAACGGCGAGUGUGGAGCUGGCUAGGAGUUGUCUGGCCAGGUAUAAUGAUCUGGGCGAGGGCCGGGUCGGCGAUGGUGGGAGUAGGGUGCUGAGGGGGCUGGUGGAGGCGGGCGCCAUCAGGAGUCCGAGGGAGUUCCUCGAUGAGGUGCCACUUAGCCAUCCGCUCGUGAUGGCGUUGGUCAGGGAGGGGAAGGGCGGUGUGCUCGUCAAGUGGAUUUUGGAGAGGGAUGGGAAAGACGGGAUUGCGAGGCAGUUGGUGAGGCAGGUGGAGAAGCAACUGGGCUUGGAGAGGGCCACACAGGUGUUUUUCGAGUUCUACAAUAGGAUGGUGGACACGAUGGCGGAUACGAUGCCGCAGCAGCUGGGGACGAUCGGGCGGGAGCUGUGUAGAGACGCGCGCAAGACCGGACGGCUGCCGCAGCCGCUGCUGGAGCGGCUACUGGCUACCGCCGAGAAGUGGGCGGUGAACAGAGCCGAGCACGCCAUGAUACUCCUGCGCUUCGGCGACGAUGUCAAACCCGGCCUCCGGUUCUUUGCUACGAUCGACUACAAGCCCGCGCUGUGGUGGAACGAGCUCCCCGAGAGGCGCCAGCAGAGGUAUGCGCAGAUGGGCAUCGAGCUAGCGCAGAAGUGUCUCGCUCAGGAGAAUCUGAAGGAUGCCCAGGCGGUUGCCAAGAUGGUUUCGAAGAGGUUUCGCGAGCAGCUGGGUGUGCAGUCGCAACAGCAUCAUCAGCAGACUGAGGAUGUUGAUGGUCUACUGCCGAGAGGAGAGGUUGCCGAACAUCUCGAUGUCUUCCGCGAGAUGUUUAAGGAAGCCAUCCAACGAGAGGAACAAGUGGCGGCGGAUGGACUGGUGUAG